AUGGCUGAUCUUGAGCCGUUAAAGUCUCCAAUCGAGAAGAAUGUCCUGGAUGUGGAGGUCGAGGUCUCGGAACCGCUACUUCCUCGAAGAAGUAAUGCUGAAACCAUAAAAUCGUACAAAUCCUAUGGUUCGGUUGAGGUGGUCAGUUCUCCGAGUUCUUCAGACGACUCCGAGGAUAACGAGGAUCUUGAUCCGGACGUCUUAGAAUUGCCUAAGAUAAUUAGGGAAGCGGUUCCCUUAGUGGAUGAUCCUUCCAUUCCAGUUUUGACUUUCAGAUACUUUCUUUUGUCGACAGUUUUCAUAAUCCCUGGAGCCUUUAUAGACACUAUGAAUUCAUACAGAACGACUUCAGCAGCAUACUCCAUAUUUUUUGUACAAAUAGUGUCCCAUUGGGCCGGGAAGUAUCUUGCAAGAACACUUCCAAGGAAACAAAUCAAGUUCUUCGGAUUCAAAAUUGACCUAAACCCUGGACCAUGGUCUAUCAAGGAAACAGUCAUGGUAACCAUCACGGCUAAUAGUGGAGCCACCGGUAAUUUAGCCACAAAUGCUAUCUCUUUAGCUGAUUUAUACUUUGGAGAAAAAGUUCCUGCCAUUGUGGCUGUCGGGUUUAUGUGGGCGAUUGUCUUUGUAGGCUAUUCGUACGCUGCAAUUGCUAAGAACUUUUUGCUCUACGAUCCUCAGUUCUCUUGGCCCCAGGCACUUAUGCAGACGACGUUGUUGCAGUCUCAGGCAAAAUCUGACAAGUCAAGUAGAGGUGGUUCUAAGCAGAUGAGAGUAUUCUUCACAGUACUUUUAGGGGUGACGGCAUGGCAGUUCUUUCCAGAAUUUCUUUUCCCAAUGACGUCUUCGUUGGCUAUUUUAUGUUGGAUAGCUCCAUAUAAUGAAACGGUGAACUUCAUAGGCUCUGGUUUGGGUGGAAUGGGAGUACUCAACUUUUCUUUGGAUUGGGCCAAUAUUACCUCGUCGAUUAUGUUGUAUCCUUACUGGAUACAGGUCAUUCAGUUCAUAGCCUUUGUCAUUGGAGCCUGGAUUCUUAUUCCUUUGGUUAAAUGGGGUGGAAUUGGAUCUUUCAAAGGAGGUUUAAUGUCGAACAGCCUUUUCCAAGGGAAUGGCUUACCUUACCCCACAAAUGAGCUUUUGACCCAAGAUUUGAAGUUGAACUUAACUGCCUAUGAACAAUUUGGUCCCAUCCAUUUAGGAGCCCAAAGAGCAUGGAAUAUGUUCUUUGACUACGCUGCUUACGUUAGUGGUACAACAUGGGUUGUACUCUUUGGAUACGACAAAUUCAAAUCGUCUUUCAAGCAUUUAAUCACCAGAGAUAAAGAUACCAAAGUUCAGUACACAGAUAGAUUAAAUAAAUUGCGAGCUAGAUAUGAAGAAGUUCCAAUCUACUGGUAUUUGGUGCUAUUCCUUAUUUCCUUCACCGUCUUGAUGUCUAUCUUCCUCAAUGGAUACAUGUUCAUGCCAUGGUGGGCUGCCAUCGUAGCCUUAGUCAUGGGUUCUAUCAUCGUUACCCCAUUGGCCUGGCUUUAUGCCUUGUCCAACUUCCAGUUGGCUAUAGGUACAUUCAACGAGCUUGUAUACGGAUACAUGGUUCAGAACUUGGAACUGAAGCAUCCUGCUGGAGCCUUAGUUUUCGGCUCAAUUGCUGGCAAUGCCUGGUAUAGAGCCCAAUACCAUCUUGAAUGUAUGAGAUUGGGAUUCUACAACCACUUACCACCUCGGGCCGUGUUUUUCUCUCAAUUGUAUGGUGAAAUGAUUGGGGUUCCCAUCAACUAUUUGGCUGUUAGAUGGGUGUUGAGUACCAAGAGAGAAUUUCUCAAUGGCUCUAAGAUUGAUCCUUUGCAUCAAUGGACUGGCCAAACAAUAACCUCGAAUCAUACCAAUGCUAUUCAGUAUGUGGUUUUGGGCCCUUCCAGAUUAUUUGAAAAUUACCCUCUUUUACCCUAUGGUUUUGUUUUGGGAUUAGUGGCUCCAUUCAUCUUCUUCAAGUUGCAUCAAAGGUACCCCAACCUGAACUGGAACCUCUGGAACACCACUGUGUUCUUUUCUAGCAUGAGUAGAUUUUAUGGAAAUAUUUCCACAGGAUACUUCUCCAGAUUUAUAGGAGGCACUAUUUCAAUGUACUGGGGAGUCAGGUAUAAGCACGCCUUGUGGAAGAAGUAUAACUAUCUUUUGGCAGCUGCUUUUGACACUGGUUAUAAUUUGGCAAUCUUGCUCAUAUUCUUGAUCUUUUCCGUGGGAACAAGUUACAACAUGCCCAACUGGUGGGGCAACAAUGCCACCAGCAUCGAAAGAUGUUUUGCAUUAUUUUAG